AUGGAGAAGCUUAUUCAAGAUAACUAUGACCUUUAUACCAAAGCAAUUAGUCAACCAUUGACAAAUGAAUUGUGUCAAGGAACACUUUCAAAUUCAAGACUAUACACUUAUUUGGUUCAAGAUUUGAAAUUUUUCGAGUUCAGCUUGAAUUUGAUAGGAAAGACGUUAUCACUUUGUGACGAUCCUGGAGCUUCAAUUCGAUUAGCCAAACAAAUUGGAUGGUUAGCUGAUGACGAAAAUACAUACUUUAGAGAAACGUUAGCCGAACUUGAAAAAGAUAACGAUUUGUCGUCAGUUAUUCCGAAAAUGAGGAAUGAUAAUGGUAUAACUUUGCCCGCAGUCACUAAGUAUAUUGAAUACUUGGAAUACAUGAUCCACGAGUCAAAGACAUAUAUUGAAUUAAUAACGUUAUGUUAUACAAUGGAAAAGAUUUAUUUAGCCUGGGUUGAAUAUAAUCAAGAAAGAGGUACAAUAGUCGCUAAUCUUGCGCCGAAAUUCCAAACUUGGAUCGAUUUGCAUAGUGGCGAACAUUUCAUUGAAUGGGUGGAUUUCUUACAACGCGAAGUUGAAAGAAGCAUUACUUCUGAGGAAAAGGAAAAGAUCAAUCAUGAUACAUUUGUCAAGACCGUUGGCUUGGAGAUUGAUUUCUUUGAAAGCUGUUACAACUACAAAGAGUGA